AAUUAAUAUAAAUGAGUGACGAUUCAGAGUUCUUAUGUUAGUAUGAUGGUCAUGAUGAAGAUGAGAUACUUGGUUUCUGCUUGAAUUAGAAUUGCAAAUAAAAUUCGCAAUUUUGUUUAAAAUGUUGUUGGGAUAAACAUGGUGAUCAUGAGGAGGACUGCAAAACCUUUAAAUAGAUAUAAAAGGUAUUUACAAGUAACAAACAACUUGAAGAAUAACAAAAGAUUGAACUUUUUGAUAAAAUAAAGCAGAUACAAAAAUUAUGUGAACAAAUUACUCAGAAUGAAUAUUGUGAUAGUGAAAGAUUAAACACUUUGGAGAAAGAUUUAAAGGAUAAAGAAUACAAGAAAUGUUUAGAUAAUAUUCCUUUUUUAAAACAAUAUAGUCAGUACUUACAAACAAAUUCAUAAAGUAAAUUGGAUUGUUAUUAUUUAGAAAUGUUAUUAGAGUAAUUGGAUAUAGGAUUAUCAACAUUAAAAUUGUUCACAUUAGGGUUUUCUAAAAUUUAGGAAUAAUUGAAAUGUAAAUAAUGUAAUAAUAAUUAAGUAUUGGGUAAUAAUAGCAUAACACCUACAAAAUCUGAAAAAAAGAAUACAAAUCAGAUAUAAAAGGAAACUUAAACUGUGUAAGAAAAAGAGGCUUUUAUAAAAGUAUAAAAGAAAGGUAAUUAUUAUAAAUAUAAAUAAAAAUAGAUUAAGAAAUUUAAGUAAACAUAGAAGUAUAACAAUAAAAAUAAGAAUAAAAAAAAAAUGAUGAUGAUGAAAUAGAGAUAGUAGAAGAGAAAGAAGUAUUUAGACCAGUAAGUUAAAUAAUCAAUCAAAGGCCAGGAGUAGGUCCAGGAAUAGGUGGUCCAGGAUAAGGAUAUUCAGUAAAUAAAUAUAUAAUAUUUAGUAAAUAAAUAAGCCACCUCCUCCUACAUCUUCAAUACCAUAAAUUCCAAAAACAUAAAAUAUACCACCAGGUUCAUAAAUAUCUCAGAGUCAAAUACUAGGAUAGUAUCCUCCUUAAAGUUCAAAUUCAUAAAUAGGCUCAAUUCCACCGCCUGGUUCACAUAAACCGCCAGGAUAAUAUCCAUCAACAAGUUCAAUUAAUAAAUCAUCAUUACCACCGAUGAAUUAACCAUCUAGAUCAUAAAUACCUCCUGGUAUUUCUUAAGCACUUCCUCCAGGUUUUCCUUCUGGACUUUCUUCAGGACUACCUCCUGGUAUAUCUUAAGGACUUCCUCCUGGUGUAUCACAAGGACUUCCUCCUGGUAUAUCUUAAGGACUACCUCCUGGUGUAUCACAAGGACUACCUCCUGGUGUAUCACAAGGACUUCCUCCUAAUAAAUCAUAAGGACUUCCUCCUAAUAAAUCAUAAGUACUUCCUCCAGGUAUUCCUUCAGGGAUACCUCCACCUUUCGGAAAAUCAGGUUCAAGUUAAAUACCAAAUUUACCACCUAAUUUACAAAAUCCUUUGCCUUAAAUUUCUAAAAAUCAACCACCUUCCAUUGGAUAAAUUCCUUAAGUAUAACACCCUUAAUUGUAAUAAUAACUUGCUAGACCACCAGGGUCUUAAGUAGUUGAUCCAUAAUAAUUACUCAAUUAAAUUAAUAAUGGAUAAUAACCUUCAAUGAAAUAAAUUCUUGAAUUUUUCUUAUAAUAAGAAGCAUAAAAUAAUCCAUAGUAAAUAUUUUAUCACUAUCAUUAAGAUAUAAAAAUUAACUUCCUCCUAAAAUAAAUCUAGAUCCUGAAUAAGUCAAAUAUUAUGAAAAUGAAAUAUUACCUGGUUAUGUUAUGAAUUAAUGUAAAUAUUAUUAUGUAAUAAUUUAGGCUAGAUAUUAAAAGAGCAAGGAAAAUAUAAAGAAGCACUAGAUAUUUGUAAUAAUGCUAUUGACAAAUAUCCCGAUAAUAGUCCUCUAUAUUUUGAAAAAUGUAUUUAUUAUAAUAAUAUCCAGGCAAACUUUUAUUGGCACUACAGAAAUAUUAGGAAACUCUUGAGACCUGCAAUUUAAUUAUUGAGGCAGAUCCUGAAUAAACAAAGAUUUUAGCCCUCAAAGGUAUGAUGAUUUUUUAUUUAAAAGGAAUAACUUUACAUUUAUUAAAUAGAUACGAAGAAGCUAUUGAGUUUUAUGAUAUAGCAAUUGAAUUAUUACCAGAUGACUUUGCUGGUCAUUACUAUAAAGGUUUAAACAUAUAUUUAUUAUUUCAAAGGAAAGACAUUAUUUGUUAUGAAACAAUAUGAAGAAGCUCUCAAAUGUUUUGAAAGAUCAUUAGAGAUAGAUCCAGAACAUGAAGAGGCAUAUUAAUCUUCAGGUAUUUUUAACUAUUCAUCAUAUUUUAGGUAUCGCCUUAGAAAAAUUAGAAAAAUAUCAAUAAGCAAUAGAUAACUUUAACAUAACAUUAAAUAUUAAUCCAAAAAAUUAAACAGCCUUAAUAUUAAAAGGUAAUCAAUACAUAAAAUAUUAUUAGCUCAUUGUUUAAAUCAAUUAAAAAACUAUUAAGAAGCUAUUGAAACUGCUGAUGCUGCAAUACUACUCAAUCCUAAUUCAUCAGAUGCUCAUCUAAAUAAAGGUAAACUCUCAAUUAUUUCUAGGUUUGGGAUUACUUAGAAUGGAAGCUUACAGAGAAGCUAUAGAAUAUUUUGAGAAGGUUAUCUUAAUUGAUGAUGAAUAACACGAAGUUUAUGCAUUAAGAGGUUAUUACUUAAUAUAUUUCUAGGAGAGGCACUACAUAAUCUUAAUAAAUAUUCAGAAGCUGUGUAAUCUUAUGAUCUAGCUAUCAAAUUACUACCUAAUUAAGAGUAUAUUAAAAAAAAAGGUAUAAUAAUAUGAACUAUUUUCAAGCUGCUUCUUUAAAAGCUAUGGAAUAAAAUGAUGAAGCAGAUGUUAUUAUUAAUCAAGCUAGAUAAUAAUAAUCAAAUUAAGAAAAUUUAACAACCGUCCAAAACAAUGAAUUUUAAACACAAUGAAAG